CCUCUUUAGUGAAUUGUUCUUUGGCUAUGGAGGACUAUUCUGAACGGAUAAAUAACACAUACGAGUAUAAUGCGCAUCAUUUAAUAACAAGCACUGACAAGUUUAGGCAGCGUGGUUGUGAAGAGUAAAAGCCGUUCAAUGGAUAUUAAUAUAGCAUUAAUAAGAGCUAUACAGGAAUUCCCUGUAUUGUUUGAGAAAACGGGUUCGUUUCAACAAAAAAUGGAAGCUUGGAAGGAACUCGCAAAACAAUUUGAUAUGUCAGAGAAAUCUUUAAGAGCGCGUUGGCAUAGCUUACUACGAAACUUCCUUAAAGAUGCAAAAUAUAAAUACGGAGAUGAAAUGUCAUACUUGCUUCCACAUUUGGGUAUCGAACAGAAUUUGACUGGCAUCGAAACAAGAAAAGAAUGGCCAUAUGCAAUAGUCCCAGAAUUUGACAUAGCAGAAGAAGAUAUUAAUAAAAUUUGUGUCAACAAACGGCAAGUACAUGUAGAGGUCGAACACGUGACUAAUAAAGUGGAUGUUGUGGUUAUGAAGAAAGAACCAGUAUUGAAUGAAAUAACUACAAUGCGCACUGAUUUCAUUAACUUCAUGGACCUUGCAAUGGUUUUAACAAAGUUUACCAACUUAGCACUUCUCAUUAUGUGUGCGGACAACAUUGUACAGAAAUCUGAAAUUCCCAAUUUACUUGCAUUGGAUAUUGUGUGUUCGGAUAUUGAUGAAAGAUGGGAUAAAAGUGUUGAGACGUUUAUAAAUCAACGCAAAACCGAAAAUUUGGAAAUUAAAAUUUUAGGGUUUUUUCAACUGCAGAAUGAGUUCAUUUUGGUUAUAUUAUCAGCAAUUAUAUCUUAUAUGUUUAUUUUAGUACAAUUUGGUUUAAGCGACGCCAAAAACCAAACUGACAGUGUCGUUAAAAAUGAAUUUGUACAAACUCACUAA